AUGUCUCUAGUCUGCAGUUCCUGUGCAAAUGAGAUCGGUGACAUUCAAGUUGAGUGCCAAGGCUUCUGUAAGGCCAUUUUUCAUCCCCGUUGUUGUGGUAUUGCUGCGGACGCGUUUGAGGAAGUUAUAAAAAACAAGCAAAUUUUCUGGAUGUGCUAUUCGUGUACUAAACUGAUGGAUGACUUGCGCUUUCGAAAUACGACACGUGCGGCUAAUGAGGUCGGACAAGUGCAUGCGCUGAAUUCUCAUAGCGAUAUUAUGCAAAACCUGAAGUUGGAGAUUAUGGACGAACUGAAAACUGAGAUAAAGACGAACUUUGCCAAGCUGAUAAACUCUAGCACAUUCACUCCGAAGUGUUCUAAGCUCACAGACAUCCAUCCUAGGUUCACCAAAGGCUGGAAGCUGUUUAGCACGAUCGGUAACGCAAAACCUAUUCCACAGCCCCCGCUACAAGUUGGAACUGGAAGCACUUCUUCUCCGUCAAUGGGGAUAGCUACUAUUCCGCCUACUCAAUCGAAGUUGUGGCUGUAUUUAUCCCGUGUCGCGAGAGAUGUGUCCACAGUUCAAGUUCGCGCUCUCGCCAUGAAACGCCUCGCUUCAGAUGACAUUCAAGUCGAAUCAACUGGUCGCUAA